AUGUGGGUUUUCGUCGCGAAUAUCACCGAUGAGCUCAUCCUGGGACUGGACAUACUACGCGCCUAUGAUGCUUCAAUGGAUGUAGGGCGCCAAACACUUCGUCUGGCGGAAGUAGUAUCGCUAUGGAGUCCUGCGGCAGGACCCCGUCCUUCUAACUUAGUAGUGGCAAAAGACCAUGUGAUACCAGCACGGAGCGAGGGAAUAGUGAUGGCUAAAAUGAAGAAUCAUCUGGGAGUAGAGAACGGUUUAGUAGAACCAAGCCCCCAGGCCCACCCUCCUGAAGGAAUUUACGUGGCCAGGACCCUAGUUCAGAACUGUCAAGAAGUACCAGUGAGGGUCAUGAAUGUUACCCACAAGGACCUAAAGCUAAGGAGACGAUCCCCUCUGGCGCACUGUGAGCCAGUAACACUCGUGGCUUUGCCCGAAGUGGGGCAGCCCCCAGCACCAGGUCUAACACCGAAAUUAGCGGACGUGACCACAGCCGCCAAGCCACACCUAAGCCCCGGAGAAUUUCAAGAGUUAGAGGAUCUCGUGUCCGAGUACGCGGAUAUCUUCGCACAAGACAACGAAGAUUAUGGAAGAACAAACAGAGUUUAUCACCGCAUAGACACGGGAGAAGCCCGACCAAUUCGACAGCCACCGAGGAGACCAGGAGAGAAAUUCAUUGUGGACACAGAUGCAAGUAAUGUCGGAAUUGGAGGAGUUCUCUCUCAAAUCCAGGACGGAAAAGAGCGUGUCAUAGCUUACUUCAGCAAGACGCUAAACAAAGCAGAGAGAAACUACUGUGUCACCCGUCGAGAACUACUUGCCAUA